AUGAGCGUGCAAUUCACAAUUGCUGGUACUGGCCCUGUGGACGCCAAAAAUAAGAAAAUAUUCAACCAAAAUCUCAGUCACAUAGUGAAAGGACAUCUGGACUACUCCAGAAAGCUUUCCGAAGUUUUGGCCGCAAUUGGUAUUAGUGUCAAACAAUCAUCCCCCGCAGUCUUUGAGAAUGCUCAUGAAGCGACUGGUGAAACACAGAGUACUAUAAAGAAGGAUGGUCCCACCGAAAAUACUUCUAAUGUCGAGCAAGCUGUAGACGGGUCACGCGAAGCCUCUCUAGAGAACGAGAAAGUAUCAUGA